AAGUUGGAACGUUGUCUCCCGCCCCGCGCGUAGCUGAUGUUGUGUUGUGUUGUCAAUCAAACAAAAAUAUUUUCUUAUCGAACUGCGUUAUUCAAAUAAGUUUAAGUAUUUAAAAAAUAAUGAAUUAUAUUGUAAACUACAGUAAUUGUAGUAUUUACGUCUUAAAGCUCAAUAUGUUGGAAUUUUGAGUGUUUUAAAAAUUGGUGGCAAAAGUGUCGACAGAGCUCGCAAAGUGGAUACGAUUGUUUGUUGUGUAUUUUAAAACGAGUACAAAAUUAAACUUGCCAAAUGCUUCCAUCUAUGCCAAUAUUAUUUACCAGGGACAGCCAAGAUGCAUUCGGAAACAAAAUAGUGCCCAGCACAAGUUAUUUAAAUCAAAAUAGUGAAACAAACACCAUUGUUCAAUCUCAGGCUCCUAUAUCGAAGACAGAAGAUAAACCAUUGGACGAAAAACAAAAUAAUGCAUACAGUAAAACGGAUAUCAAUAAAAAAGGAGAGCUAUCUAAAUUAAAAACUGAGGACAACUUGAAAGAAGCAGCUUUAGUUAGGUCAUAUUACACAAAAAUACAGACAAGGUUUGCAUCACACUCAGCGUCACCGACAAAUAACUUUGUACAGUUUAGAGAGAUUCUGAGAACAUUUGACCCAAUGAAGGAGACACCUGUGGAUCUGUAUAAAAAGGUGGAGGAACUAUUUGGUGCUACACAUAAGGAUAUUGUGGAAGAGUUCCUAUUGUUUCUGAAGCCCUGCCAAGCUGCAUCCGUUGGCAGAUUUAUGGACCACUUUUUGCUAUCACAAAUGAAUGUUUUUAUAGAGCUAUUACAUACAUCAUUAGGUCGCAAACCAACGGUGCUCAGGAAGGUGAUACGUGCCAUGACAACCGGUAUCAACAGUGGGAACAGUGCAGACAUGAAGUCGAGGGUUCUGCCACAUCUGCGCUCCAAUCCGCGACUUACGCAAAUAUUUAAAACACUGUUUCCUGAUGAACGACCGCCUGACAGUGUAUAUGAGACGGGCACAGAUGUCCUAGAUGAGAGUUUUCUUGAAUGUGAUAAGGGAUACGAUGUAUGGGAGUUUGAAGACAAAGAUGACACAAAGAAGACAGACGCCAAAGUUCUAGACUCAGAGUACUUACACGGCAGAGUCUUCCUUCAACACGGCAGACUUUUACGCACCGCUUGUGUUAACUAUCCAUUCAGUAAAGAACCCUAUAGAUCUCACGCGAGGAGACUUGCGCCCGAUCAUUGCCUAUCCCCGCCUGAAUCAGAUUCUGAACACGCAUCGCCCAAAAGAAACAUCAAAAGUGCGUGCAAAGUUCCACAGAAAAGAUCGAGGAAACAACUCAAAUCUCCCACAAAAAAUGUCAAAGACGUUAAUGGCAACACUAAAAAAGAGUGUAUUACAAUUCCACUAAAUAAUGCUAAAGUUAAAGCAAAAUAUCAAAAAACUAAAAUUAAAAAAGAGGAAAUAACCCAGAAGAAAAAAGAAAGUAUAAACAAAAAUGCAUGUGUUAAAAAAGAUUAUGAACAUAAAGUUAAACAAAAUAAAGUCGAAAUUAACGAUUUAAAACUAAAGCAAGUUAAAGAAGAAGUUCCAAAAAUUGAAAAUAAAAGUUGGACUCGCGAUGAAGAUAAAACAAUGUUAGAAGUUUUAAAAGGAGAACCGGGCUCUGAACUCGUAUUUAUUAGGAUAAGGGAGUUAUUGCCGCAUAGAACUACGAAAGAAAUCAAAGAGAGAUUAUGUCAUGUUAUGAGUCUUUUACAACAAAUGGCAGUCAGUGAAGUGACAUAGUUAUACAUCAAAUGAAUUUAACACUGUUAAGCAAAGUGGUAUUUAUAAUUUUAUAUAUUAAAGUAAAUAUUUUUUAAUUA